GCACGUCACAUCAAUGAUAUCAUGUCACCGAUAUCAUGUCGCCCAGGGAGCCAUACAAGCUAGAACCGUCACUGUGUUUAGGGAUAUGUAUUACCAAUCAUGUGUUUAGGAAUAGGGGCUGUCAAUAGUGGGCUUAGCGCACGGGGUAGGUUAAAGUUCACAGCGCGCAUACGGAGAGUUGAGGUUUGUUGCAGUCUAAAAUCUAUCCAUUCCAGAGCAGGAUACAUCGCUGGCCCAGUUCAAUAUAUUCUUUCGCUGUGGAUUCUGGGAGUUGAAGACACUGUCCAAGCUUGUUGUAGCCUUCCGAGUGUUGACAGAAGACACACUGCUGUUCCCAUUUUCUAACCUCACACGGGUAGCGACACCAUGUCCAGCCGAGGAGGGAAAAAGAAGGCCACCAAGAUGUCCAGGUCGACGAAGGCCGGAGUCAUCUUCCCCGUGGGGCGAAUGCUGCGCUACAUCAAGAAGGGUCUGCCCAAGUACAGGGUCGGUGUGGGUGCCCCAGUCUACAUGGCCGCUGUUCUGGAGUACCUCACUGCUGAAAUCCUGGAGCUGGCGGGCAACGCAGCCAGGGACAAUAAGAAAGGACGUGUCACACCACGACACAUCCUUCUAGCCAUCGCCAACGACGAGGAGCUCAACCAGCUGCUGAAAGGUGUGACCAUCGCAGCAGGCGGAGUCUUACCUAACAUCCACCCUGAGCUGCUAGCUAAGAAGAGGGGGUCAAAGGGCAAGCUGGAGGCUGUCAUCACGCCUCCUCCCGCCAUCAAGAAAUCCAAGAUGUCUGCCUCCAAGAAAUCAGCCAAAAAGGCAGCUGCAGGGAAAAGAGCCAAAGCUAAGCAGAAACAGGGAGAGGUGAGCAAAGCUGCCUCGGCAGACAGCACCACGGAAGGAACACCUACGGACGGAUUCACUGUCCUCUCCACCAAGAGUCUUUUCCUGGGUCAGAAGCUAAACCUGGUUCACAGUGAGGUCAGUAACCUGGCUGGCUUUGACGUGGAGGGGGUCAUCAACCCCACCAAUGCAGACAUUGACCUUAAAGAUGAUCUAGGUGGUGCUCUGGAGAAGAAGGGAGGGGAGGAGUUUGUGGACGCCAUGUUGGAGUUACGGAAGAAGAACGGUCCCCUGGAAGUGGCUGGAGCGGUGCUGUCCUCUGGCUAUGGGCUUCCUGCCAAGUUCGUGAUCCACUGCAACAGUCCAGGCUGGGGUUCGGAGAAGUGUGAGGAGCUGCUGGACCAGACCGUGAAGAACUGCCUGGUCCUGGCUGACGAGAAGAAGCUCAAGUCUGUGGCCUUCCCUUCCAUUGGCAGUGGAAGGAAUGGCUUCCCGAAGCAGACGGCUGCCCAGCUCAUUCUAAAAGCCAUCUCCAGCUACUUUGUUGCCACCAUGUCGUCUUCCAUCAAGACGGUCUACUUCGUGCUGUUCGACAGCGAGAGCAUAGGGAUCUAUGUGCAGGAGAUGGCCAAGCUUGAGUCAAACUAAGCCCCCCCCCCCCCCCCCCCACCCAAUUGCAUUACUACAGGCGUGUUUAGAAUUUUAUUUAGACAGAAAAAUGAAAGAUGUUUACCGGUGAUUUUUGUAAAAAAAAAAAAAGAGAAGAAAAAAACAAAAAAAAAACACUUUAUUGAGAGGAAGUGAUUUCCGUUCUGUUUUAUUUGUUGAGAUGAAUCGUUGGAGUUCAGAUAGUAAUGUGUCCCUGGUGGUGUCAGACUUGGGUCCUGCUCAGAAGGGUGAAACGUUCUGAAUGUUGUCUUCUUCUCUUCUCUUCUCUUCUCUCUCGAUUCCCUAAUUGUACGUGACACCGUCUCUUGUUCUGUUGCGUUUCCGCUGAGCAAGGCCCUGGGCCAAUCAGGAUGGUGGUACUUAAGUUCCUUGUGCUAAAACUGAAAAGGUUGCAUUCCAAGUGUUGCAGUACUGUGGGUUUUUUUUUGUCUCAAUUUGUCUUUUUUUUUUAAAACUUGGAACAUUAACCUUUUUAUGUUUAUGAUGUAUUAUCAGUGAUGUACUAGAUGGAGUGAAAUGUUUUAGUAAAAUAUUAGACAGUGACCAGGUUUUCCUUCUUCUUUUUCCUUAAAAAAAAACAAAAAACAAAAAACAGGUUUUGUUUUUAUUCUGAUUUUCACUUUGCCAACUCUAAAAGAAACGUAUUUGAAAAGAAAAGUGAUUUGUGUUUUUAUUCAGUUAUAAAGCUAUUUUGUUUUGAAGAGUUGAAAGAAGUUGUACAGGCUUUGGCUCACAGGCAAUUAGUCCCCUCUCUGCUUAUAGGUAAUUAGUCCUCUCUCUGCUUAUAGGCAAUUAGUCCCCUCUCUGCUUAUAGGUAAUUAGUCCCCUCUCUGCUUAUAGGCAAUUAGUCCCCUCUCUGCUUAUAGGCAAUUAGUCCUCUCUCUGCUCACAGGCAAUUAGUCCCCUCUCUGCUUAUAGGCAAUUAGUCCUCUCUCUGCUCACAGGCAAUUAGUCCCCUCUCUGCUUAUAGGCAAUUAGUCCCCUCUCUGCUUAUAGGUAAUUAGUCCUCUCUUUGCUUAUAGGCAAUUAGUCCCCUCUCUGCUUAUAGGCAAUUAGUCCCCUCUCUGCUCACAGGCAAUUAGUCCUCUCUCUGCUCACAGGCAAUUAGUCCCCUCUCUGCUUAUAGGCAAUUAGUCCUCUCUCUGCUCACAGGCAAUUAGUCCCCUCUGCUCAUAGGUAAUUAGUCCCCUCUCUGCUUAUAGGCAAUUAGUCCUCUCUCUGCUCAAAGGCAAUUAGUCCCCUCUCUGCUCACAGGCAAUUAGUCCCCUCUCUGCUCAUAGGCAAUUAGUCCCCUUUCUGCUUAUAGGCAAUUAGUCCCCUCUCUGCUCACAGGCAAUUAGUCCCCUCUCUGCUCACAGGCAAUUAGUCCCCUCUCUGCUUAUAGGCAAUUAGUCCCCUCUCUGCUCACAGGCAAUUAGUCCCCUCUCUGCUUAUAGGCAAUUAGUCCCCUCUGCUCACAGGCAAUUAGUCCCCUCUGCUCACAGGCAAUUAGUCCCCUCUCUGCUUAUAGGCAAUUAGUCCUCUCUCUGCUUAUAGGCAAUUAGUCCCCUCUGCUCACAGGCAAUUAGUCAUCUCUCUGCUUAUAGGCAAUUAGUCCCCUCUCUGCUCACAGGCAAUUAGUCCCCUCUCUGCUCACAGGCAAUUAGUCCCCUCUCUGCUUAUAGGCAAUUAGUCCCCUCUCACCAGUAGAUGGCUCCCUAUCGUCAGGAGUGAGGUCUUUCACUGAGCCAUUUUGUGCUGGAAAGACCUCUUUUUCAUUAAGAUGUCUAAAAUGAAGUGUCUGAUGGGUGGAUCAGAAUGGAUGUUGCACUAGCUAAUUGCUGUAAGCACUGUGUUUUGGAGUUUUCAAUAUCUUUCUAAUGAUGACUUGAAGAAGAAAAGCCUUCUUAACAUUGCUAAACAUGAGAAUACAGGACUAUCCAAUAAAGUAUAUUGAAAACA